AUGACUCAGAGCGACCACACCGGGUCACUACCACCCAUCCUCGCCAUCACUACUUUUCGCCAUCACUCGUUCUUGCUAGGUCCUUCCUGCUCGUCUCGUCUCGUCUAUCUCCUCUCCCUCGUUCUCCUCAUAUUCCCUUCUGUUGUCGUCCGUCGUCCGUACUCGUCCGAGCCACGUCAGCAGUUGCUGGCAUGCACUGGGCGUUUGCGCUGGACGACAAGCGUAGGAGGAGUUCAUACACUAUGUAUGCGGCGAGCGGAGCGCCCUGUCAUUCAGGGUACGCAACACGUCGAGAUUGCGGUCAAAAUGGCGUCAAGUUCCCACCGUGGUUCGUGCACUCCGACUCCCGUGGCUAUCGAUUCUAUGGCUUCGCUUAGCAUCAUGAUUUCUCGUCUUGGUCUUCGAAAUCCCGCACUUGACCUCCCAUUUCGAGCGUUUAUUUUCAUCCCGGAUGGCGUUACGGAUUUAUCGACCGAUUUUCCUUUCCUUGUGGUUGACGCAGCUAUUAGCGACGGGCAUGCUGUCGAGAUAUAG